UCCGUUGUUAGACCGAAGUUCAAAAGUCUGUGCCGAGGUUGUUUACGCUUGCUGAAGGUGGUCUCCUGUUACCGCUGGUCACUCAUUUUCCUCCUGUCUCAUUUCAUAAACAAUCGUUUUGACCUUUUACUCCAAGUAACUCCUAUAUCGGGUAUAUAUGGUGAUUUAUCACAAUGAACAUCCUGCGUUACCUUCCUGGAAUGCAAGAAUUUUUCGGGGCGAGUUGGGACAGCGACAAGGAAUGUGAUCCAGCGAAUGACGGCAAUCUUCUAUCGUUCAGAGAAUUGAAGUCCGGACCUCUUUCAAGACACUCACCAAAUAAUAUACCUGCUCCCCGUAGCGGUCACCGAAUAUUUACUGAUGAUGAGUUUCUGUAUGUGAUUGGCGGUUUUGAUCGCACCUCUGAAGAACGUGAAGGCAAAAUAUACAGAGAAGUAUGGCGUUACAAUUUAUACACCCAAGAAUGGUCUCGUAUGGAUUUACAUGGAACUUUUCCCUCUUCGCUAGCAUCUUUUGCCUUAGCACAAAGUGCUCCUUACUCCAAUCAAGUGCUUUUGUUUGGCGGAACAGCUGUUCCCUUCGGUGCAACAACUUCGGCCAGCGUUUAUCUGCUUUCCGUCGACAGUGAUUCGAAUGCGCUUGUCUCUACUCUUCUUCCAGUUGGGGGAGAGAAACUCGGCACCUAUGGCCAUGCUAUGAUUCGAGGUCACGACUCAAAUUCCUUCUAUGUUAUCGGUGGAACAACUGGUCAUAUUUUUUUCUUGGAUGUGGAUGAGCUUACUUUCGUCAAUGGGGAGUGGAUAUGGUCGAAUCAAGCCGUGACGACGCCGAACGAAGAUGGACGGUAUCGUUUGGAAGCUGUUCUCCAUAAAGAUUUGAUCUACAUUUUUGGCGGUGGCCGUCCGGAUUUCGUCACUGAGCUGCAAAACUUGACUGUCUUUGAUACCAAAAACAAGAAGUUUGUGGAAAUUCCCACUUACCCCGAUGAAGACUGGAUCAUUGCGAACCCGGAUCAGGAUGGAUUUCCACAAGGAAGAAGAUGUCAUUCUGUUACGAAAUGGAAGAACAAAGCCAUUGUUGUGGGUGGAUGCAGCGCGGACAAGGAUGAUGACGAUGUUAGACAUGUUGAUAUGUUCGAUGACGUCUGGUCAUUUGACUUGGACACUCAUCAUUGGAAGAAAAUGCCUUUUGACCUUGCUGUACCAGUUUUCUUUCAUGAUGCUGCCAUCACCAAGGAAGGAUGCUUGAUUGUGUGGGGUGGAGUGCUUGAUAUCUACAGCACAGUACGUACUAAUACAGGACAGUGUUGCUAUCUCGAACCACCAUCAUUGAAGACCUUAGCUGCUUUGGCAUUGCGACCAUUUUUGAAAUAUACGAGGAUUGAAGAAUCUGAUGGGCUACGCUGUUCCCGUGUCAUGGAUAUAGAAAUGGCGCUAUCUUUGCUUUCCCAAAAUAGAUGCAGCUUUGGAGGUUGUCAGCUUUGUUUUGCCAGUUCGGAAGACCUAAUCGCCCAUAUCGAAUUUGUGCACAUCACACCACUAGAGGAAGAGUAUCGACAAAAAGUGAGCCAAGGGCAGUAUGGCUCUGAGGAGAACCGUGCCUCAGCCACACCAAACAUGCCACUCGGUUGUGUGUACAGACUAUAUCGGUUGCCAUACAAUCCUCAGCCGUGUGCUCCCGAUGUUGUUCGUUUGAAUUUCAAUCACUACCGUAAACGACAGCACGAAGCUGCGCCUACAUUAUCUAAUGUUUCAUCCUCUUCUUCGAUAAAGAAAGAGGAUUCGUCUGGAGACUACAAUGAAGAUCUGAGUGAAUGUGGGCCCAAUGAAUUGGAAGAUCGUUUCCGCUGUCUUGUUGGCGAGUGUGGAAAGCGCUUCAAGUGCAGUGCUGGAUUGAGGUUGCAUUCACGGACUGUUCAUGGCGUCGUACUACAAGAAAACACCUCCGCUACGCACGGUGGCUCGAAUGGAUCAGGAACUCUUUCAUCUUCUCAGAAUCACCCACCGCCAACAGUCAGCCCUACCAAAUAUGCAGCAUCGAGGCCGUACAAAUGUCAUCAGUGCUCUAAACGUUACAAAACUACAGCUGGGUUGUCUAAUCAUAUCGAGCAGUCCCAUAAGAAGCAAUCAGGAUGUCGCACGCCUUCAUCUACUGAUUCCGCUCCCGCAUCUCCAUCACCAGCCGUGCUGGACCAACUAAUCUCCCAAGCAAGGGCACAUGGGCAAGCUGCACAGGAGCAACAGCGAGCUAUGCAGCGUCCUCUGCCGGUACAGGUCGCAAGUGCUACGAACCAUCAGUACAGUCAGAUGCCUUCACAAGCUCCUUUACCUGUAAGGUCUCUUCCCAACACUCAUCAGAGAUAUCCGCAGAACCAGCAGGUUGUGCAGCAAGGGCAAGCUCAUAUCUUACAUCAGCCUCACCUACAACAGCGGAGGCCUCAAUAUGGGGCGGUGCAGGCGCAUCUGGUGUCUUCUAAUAGUCCACAUAAUGCAGUGCAGACAGGGACCGAAGGAAAUCGUACUGUUGGAAAUGAGAGCAGCGAUGACGGUUCCCGUCGAUACACUCCUAACGUAGCGGAAAGUGGUCCCAUCUUGCUCAAUCCAAAGCAGGACUAGUUCACAUUGGGAAGAUAGGCAGCUUCCCCUUCUGAGUGAGAGAUGGCGAAAAUUGUGGGUUAAGUGCGGGGUCUUUUGCUACAUUUCGUAACAUAACCGUUAUCAGCGUCGUUUGAUUUGCAUUAUAUAUACAUUUUCUAGUCGUUUUGCAUUUUGUACUAUGAGUUGUUGCUAUACAGCAGAUACCAAAGUCCAAAAUGAGCUUUGUCUAUUUAUCCUUACAAACUUUGCUGGUACACUUUCACUAAUACAGAUCCUUUGCUUUUGACGCUCUGUUUUAUGCCAAUAAAUAUGUUUACUCC